AUACAUAAUUCCAUAGGAGCUAUAUUAUAUGCAGGGAUAAUACUAUUUUCAGAAUUCUUUUUUAAAACUGGGAGUUCAAAGAGCAAGAGAACAUGCAGAUUUCUAAAUACAUAGACAAUGAAGAUAAUACAGCUACAUCUACAUCUACGACUGGGACAAGCCAUCUGGUAAAGUGUGCCGAGAAGGAGAAAACUUUCUGUGUGAAUGGAGGUGAAUGCUUCAUGGUGAAAGAUCUUUCGAACCCAUCAAGAUACUUGUGCAAGUGCCAGCCAGGAUUCACUGGAGCAAGAUGUACUGAGAAUGUGCCCAUGAAAGUCCAAACCCAAGAAAAAGCUGAGGAGCUCUACCAGAAGAGAGUGCUGACCAUAACUGGCAUCUGCAUCGCCCUGCUUGUGGUUGGCAUCAUGUGUGUGGUGGCCUACUGCAAAACCAAGAAACAACGGAAAAAGCUUCAUGACCGGCUUCGGCAGAGUCUUCGUUCAGAGCGAAACAAUAUGGUGAACAUGGCAAACGGGCCUCACCAUCCUAACCUACCUCCAGAGAAUGUUCAGCUAGUGAAUCAGUACGUGUCUAAAAACGUCAUCUCCAGUGAGCAUGUUGUUGAGAGAGAAGCUGAGACGUCUUUUUCCACUAGUCACUACACCUCGACAGCUCACCAUUCCACUACGGUGACUCAGACUCCUAGUCACAGCUGGAGCAAUGAACACACGGAAAGCAUUAUUUCGGAAAGUCACUCUGCACUCAUGAUGUCAUCUGUAGAAAACAGUAGGCACAGCAGCCCAUCUGGGGGCCCACGAGGACGUCUCAAUGGCUUGGGAGGCCCUCGAGAGUAUAACAGCUUCCUCAGGCAUGCCAGAGAAACCCCUGACUCCUACCGAGACUCUCCUCAUAGUGAAAGACAUAACCUUAUAGCUGAGCUAAGGAGAAACAAGGUCCACAGACCCAAAUGCAUGCAGAUCCAGCUAUCAGCAACUCAUCUUAGAUCUUCUUCCAUUCCCCAUUUGGGCUUCAUUCUCUAAGACCCCUUGGCCUUUAGGAAGGUAUGUGUCAGCAAUGACCACCCCGGCUCGUAUGUCACCUGUAGAUUUCCACACGCCAAGCUCCCCCAAAUCACCCCCUUCGGAAAUGUCUCCACCUGUGUCCAGCAUGACGGUCUCCAUGCCCUCCAUGGCAGUCAGCCCCUUCAUGGAAGAAGAGAGACCUCUACUGCUGGUGACGCCACCACGGCUGCGGGAGAAGAAGUAUGACCACCACCCUCAGCAGUUCAACUCCUUCCACCACAACCCCGCGCAUGAGAGUAACAGCCUCCCCCCUAGCCCCUUGAGGAUAGUGGAGGAUGAGGAGUAUGAAACCACCCAAGAGUACGAGCCAGCUCAAGAGCCUGUUAAGAAACUCGCCAACAGCCGGCGGGCCAAAAGAACCAAGCCCAAUGGCCACAUUGCCAACAGGUUGGAAAUGGGCAGCAACACAAACUCUGAGAGCAGUCACUCAGAGAGCGAAAAUGAAGAUGAAAGAGUAGGUGAAGAUACACCUUUCCUGGGUAUACAGAACCCCCCGGCAGCUAGUCUCGAGGCAGCUCCCGCCUUCCGUCUGGCUGAGAGCAGGACUAACCCAGCAGGCCGCUUCUCUACACAGGAAGAAUUGCAGGCCAGGCUGUCUAGUGUAAUUGCUAACCAAGACCCUAUUGCUGUAUAAAACAUAAAUAAACACAUAGAUUCACCUGUAAAACUUUAUUUUAUAUAAUAAAGUAUUCCACCUUAAAUUAAACAAUUUAUUUUAUUUUAGCAGUUCUGCAAAUAGAAAACAGGAAAAAAAACUUUUAUAAAUUAAAUAUAUGUAUGUAAAAAUGUGUUAUGUGCCAUAUGUAGCAAUUUUUUACAGUAUUUCAAAAUGAGAAAGAUAUCAAUGGUGCCUUUAUGUUAUAUUAUGUUGAGAGCAAGUUUUGUACAGUUACAGUGGUUGCUUUUCCCCAGUAUUUCAGCAAAACCUCUCACACUCAGUUUUUGCUGGCUUCUUGUGCAUUGCAUUCUGAUGUUGACUGGAUGUAUGAUUUGCAAGACUUGCAGCUGUCCCACUGUUUGCUUGUAGUAGCGCCCAGUCCAUACACCUUGUAAUGGCACAUCCAUCCAAAUACUCUUCUCUUUUCUAAAAUAUUUUCUUUGCUUUCCGUGUAUGAAAUGAGUUGUGUCUACUCUGCCAGCCAAAGGUUUGCUUCAUCGGGCUCAGAGAUAAUAGUAGAUUCAGCAGCAUGCUACUAUUAAUUAUAGCAGGAAACUGCAUUAAGUAAUGCUAAAUAUUAGGGAGAAAGUAAUACUGUGGUUUAAAAAAAA